CCCCUCGAAUAGUCGAAUCACCAAACCAAGAGGCGUGAGCACCCUCUCGGAUCUCCCGCUCGCCGUCGAACCGCCCCCGCAGAGUUGCCCCGCCAGCGACACCGUGCGCCACCGAUGGCCACCCCAGACCUGCUCUUCAACCUGCGCAACCUCUUCUACCUCGGCGCCUACCAGGCGGCCAUCAACAGCAGCGACGUCCCGGGCCUCGACGCCGACGCCGCCGCCGAGCGCGACGCCAUCGUCUUCCGCUCGUACAUCGCCCUCGGAUCCUACCAGUUGGUGAUCAGCGAGAUCGACGCGUCGGCCGCGACAUCGCUGCAGGCCGUGAAGCUGCUCGCUCUCUACCUCUCCGGCGACAAGGAAGGUGCAAUCUCCAGUCUCAAAGAAUGGUUGAGUGAUUCAGCAAUCGGAAGCAAUCCUGUUCUGCGAUUGAUUGCUGGAAUUAUAUUUAUGCACGAGCAAGACUACAAUGAGGCUUUGAAGCACACACACUCUGGAGGAACUCUGGAUCUGCAUGCAUUGAAUGUCCAGAUCUUCAUUAAGAUGUAUCGGUCAGACUAUGCUGAGAAGCAAUUGAAGAUCAUGCAACAAAUUGAUGAAGACCAUACUCUGACACAACUUGCAACCGCAUGGCUGGACAUUGCUGUUGGAGGUUCUAAGAUUCGUGAAGCUUAUCUUAUAUUCCAAGACUUCGCUGAGAAGUACCCAAUGACAGGAAUGGUUCUAAAUGGAAAGGCAGUUUGCUGUAUGCACAUGGGAAGCUUUGAGGAGGCUGAGACUCUAUUGCUUGAAGCAUUGAACAAGGAUGCAAAAGAUCCUGAAACUCUUGCCAAUCUUAUUGUAUGUAAUCUGCACCUUGGCAAACCAUCAUCACGAUUCCUCAGCCAGCUGAAGCUGUCGCAUCCUGAUCAUGUGCUAGUUAAGAGCGUAGCAUCGUCAGAAAGCAACUUCGAGAAGGCCCUCCAAGCUGUCGCUUGAGCUCGACAAACCCCUGCCAGAUUGCAGAAAGCAGCACAUUGAUCGCGUUCUCCAUUUCGAGUGUGUUAACACAGUGAAGUAUGGUGGUUUUGGUUGUCUAAUUUCCUCAGUGGUAAAGUUACUCAGCCGAUCUUGUACUAGAACCACCUUCUGUAUAAACGAAUUUGUAGAAUCUCAAAUGGUGACGUUUGUUGUCAACAUCAGCACUUUGUUAUGUUUUCACGGAUUAGUAAUAUUGUCAAUUCUUGUUGCGGGCGA